AUGUUGCCUGAGCUGCCUAAUGCUCUUGAUCUAGAACCUAGAUCACAUCAGACUCAGUUCCAGCAAAUCAGUUAUUGGAAGAAUAACCCUAACGUCAUCGUGUCUAGGGAUUGGACUGGAAAUUUCCAAAAGAUAAUGCAGGCAGUAGAGGCUGUACCGGAUCAUAGCCGGAAGCGUCUUGUGAUCUUGGUGAACAGAGGAGUUUACAAGGAAAAUGUGGAUAUCAAUGUGAAAAAGACUAAUUUGGUUUUGAUUGGAGAGGGCAUGGAUGUUGCGACCAGAACUGGACAUAAGAGUAAUGGUACUGCUGUGAAGGCAGAAGGCUUCAUUGCAAUCUAUAUAGGGUUUGAGAACACAGCCGGACCACACAACGGCCAGGCAGUGGCACUUCUAGUCAAGGGUAACCAAUCAGCUUUCUUCCGAUGCAAGAUAAGUGGAUACCAAGACACAUUGUAUGCACACAACAGCCGCCAGUUCUUUAGGGAAUGCAAGAUCAGUGGCACUGUCGACUUCAUCUUCGGCUACAGCACUGCAGUUUUCCAAAUGUGCACCAAUAUUGCGAAGAAAAGACCUAAUCAUGGCCAGUUACUGCCCACGGUCGUUUCGAAGAAGAAUCAACCGGGUUGA